AUGGCAGGCAUCUUUGAGCAGCCGCGAAACCAAGGCACGCUGUUCCUAGGAGGCCAAAAGAUCAGUGGAGCAGACAUCCGUGACCAAAAUGUCCUCGCCACACAAGCCAUUGCCAACAUUGUCAAGUCGUCGUUCGGCCCGAGCGGUUUGGACAAGAUGAUGGUGGACGACAUUGGCGAUGUCACAGUCACCAACGACGGCGCUACCAUUCUCUCGCUCCUCAACGUCGAGCACCCAGCAGGCAAGAUCUUGGUCGACUUGGCACAGCAGCAAGAUAAGGAAGUCGGAGAUGGAACAACUAGUGUCGUGCUCAUCGCAGCCGAGCUACUACGGAGAGCAAACGAGCUGGUGAAGAUGCGGAUACACCCAACCACAAUCAUCACGGGCUACCGAUUAGCUCUUCGCGAGGCGGUACGAUACAUGAACGACAACGUAAGCACCAAGGUCGAGACGCUGGGCAGAGACAGCUUGAUCAGCAUUGCAAAGACCAGCAUGAGCAGCAAGAUCAUCGGCGCCGAUUCCGACUUCUUCGCCAACAUGGUCGUGGAUGCCAUCACAAGCGUCAAGACUACGAACGCGAGAGGCGAGGUCAAGUACCCGGUGAAGGCAGUCAAUGUGCUCAAGUCACACGGCAAAAGCGCAACGGAAUCGAUGCUCGUGAAGGGAUAUGCUCUGAACUGCACUGUUGCUUCACAAGCUAUGAAGACACGCAUCACAGACGCCAAGAUUGCCAUCCUAGACAUGAACCUGCAAAAGGAGCGCAUGAAGAUGGGCGUGAACGUGGUCAUCGACGACCCUGCUCAGCUGGAGAAGAUCAGAGAGCGGGAGUCGAGCAUGGUGAUCGAGCGGGUAGAGAUGAUCCUGAAGGCCGGCGCGAACGUCAUCUUCACGACCAAGGGUAUCGAUGACCUCUGCUUGAAGCAUUUCAUCGAGAAGGGUGCCAUGGCUGUGCGGAGGUGCAAGAAGGAGGACCUGAGACGGAUAGAGAAAGCGACUGGCGCAACAAUGAUCAGCACCUUGGCAGACAUCAACACUGGCGACGACUACUUCGACCCUAAGGCGCUGGGUGAGGCGAAGGAAGUGGUGCAAGAGCGCAUAUCGGACGACGAGUGCAUUCUGGUCAAGGGCCCUAAAGUCCACACUGCCGCUUCGAUCAUUCUGCGUGGACCAAACGAGUACUCCCUGGACGAGAUGGAGCGAUCAGUCCACGAUUCGCUUUCGGCUGUGAAGCGAACAUUGGAGUCUGGCCGCAUUGUUCCAGGUGGUGGCGCCGUGGAAACCGCACUGCACAUCUACCUCGAAGAGUGGGCAACCAGCGUCGGUUCGAGAGAGCAGCUGGCGAUCGGUGCUUUUGCGCAGUCACUACUUGUCGUACCUACCACACUUGCCGUCAACGCUGCAAAAGACAGCUCGGAACUUGUCGCACAGCUUCGAUCGCGCCACGCGUUGUCACAACGCACAUCAGAGCCAGCGUCCGCUCACCCUCCAGCACAAGCCAAUGGCGCACCCGCACCUCAAGCGACGAAGACACAACAAGCCCUCGACGCAGAUGCAAAAGCACUCGCAAAGGCGAAGGGCUACAAGAACUACGGUCUGGAUCUAUCGAAGGGCAAGGUGCAAGACUGCGUUAAGGCUGGUAUCCUAGAACCGAGCAUGAGUAAGGUCAAGCAGCUGAAGUCUGCAGUGGAGGCAUGCGUGGCGAUCAUGAGGAUCGACACACUCAUCAAGCUGGAUCCUGAGCAGCGAGGCGAGCCAGACGAUCACUGA